AAUGACCCACCUGUAAAGUGCUUUUCCUACCUCCUCGCCUUGAACUCUGCAAGGGGCUUGGCUUGGAGGGGGCAAGGGAGGGAAAGAGAGAAGGGGGAAACACAAAAAAACUUCUUUCUUUCUCUCUCCGUUUAUCUUCAGCCCGACAUUGUCACCUCCUCUUUGAGGGGUUAGAAGAAGCUGAGAUCUCCCGACAGAGCUGGAAAUGGUGAUGAAUCUUUUUUAAUCAAAGGACAAUUUCUUUUCACUGCACUUUGACUAUGGAAACAGAGGCUAUUGAUGGCUAUAUAACGUCAGGUGACAAUGAGCUUUCACCUGAAAGGGAGCACUCCACUAUGGCGAUUGACCUCACCUCAAGCACACCCAAUGGACAGCAUGCCUCCCCAAGUCACAUGACAAGCACAAAUUCAGUAAAGCUAGAAAUGCAGAGUGAUGAAGAGUGUGAGAGGAAACCCCUGAGCCGUGAAGAUGAAAUCAGGGGCCAUGAUGAAGGCAGCGGCCUAGAAGAACCCCUAAUUGAGAGCAGCGAGGUGGCUGACAACAGGAAAGUCCAGGAGCUUCAAGGCGAGGGAGGAAUCCGGCUUCCGAAUGGUAAACUGAAAUGUGACGUCUGUGGCAUGGUUUGCAUUGGGCCCAAUGUGCUUAUGGUACAUAAAAGGAGUCACACUGGUGAACGUCCCUUCCACUGUAACCAGUGUGGAGCUUCAUUUACUCAGAAGGGCAACCUUCUGAGACACAUAAAGUUACACUCUGGAGAGAAGCCGUUCAAAUGUCCUUUUUGUAGCUAUGCCUGUAGAAGAAGGGACGCCCUCACAGGACACCUCAGGACCCACUCUGUGGGUAAACCUCACAAGUGCAACUACUGUGGACGAAGCUACAAGCAGCGCAGUUCACUGGAGGAGCACAAGGAACGCUGCCACAACUAUCUCCAGAAUGUCAGCAUGGAGGCUGCUGGGCAGGUCAUGAGUCACCAUGUACCUCCUAUGGAAGAUUGUAAGGAACAAGAGCCUAUUAUGGACAACAAUAUUUCUCUGGUGCCUUUUGAGAGACCUGCUGUCAUAGAGAAGCUCACAGGGAAUAUGGGAAAACGUAAAAGCUCCACUCCACAAAAGUUUGUGGGGGAAAAGCUCAUGCGAUUCAGCUACCCAGACAUUCACUUUGAUAUGAACUUAACAUAUGAGAAGGAGGCUGAGCUAAUGCAGUCUCAUAUGAUGGACCAAGCCAUCAACAAUGCAAUCACCUACCUUGGAGCUGAGACCCUUCACCCACUGAUGCAGCACCCGCCAAGCACAAUCGCUGAGGUGGCCCCGGUUAUAAGCUCAGCUUAUUCUCAGGUCUAUCAUCCAAAUAGGAUAGAAAGACCCAUUAGCAGGGAAACCUCCGAUAGUCAUGAAAACAACAUGGAUGGUCCUCUCCCUCUCACCAGACCAAAGAGUCGACCCCAGGAAAGAGAGGCCUCUCCCAGCAAUAGCUGCCUGGAUUCUACAGACUCAGAAUGCAGCCAUGAUGACCACCAGUCCUACCAAGGAAACCCUGCCUUAAAUCCCAAGAGGAAACAAAGCCCAGCUUACAUGAAGGAGGAUGUCAAGGCUUUGGACGCCACCAAGGCUCCUAAGGGCUCUCUGAAGGACAUCUACAAAGUCUUCAAUGGAGAAGGAGAACAGAUUAGGGCCUUCAAGUGUGAGCACUGCCGAGUCCUUUUCCUAGACCAUGUCAUGUACACCAUUCACAUGGGUUGCCAUGGCUACCGGGACCCACUGGAAUGCAACAUCUGUGGCUACAGAAGCCAGGACCGUUACGAGUUUUCAUCACACAUUGUUCGAGGGGAGCACACAUUCCAUUAGGCCUUUUCAUUCCAAAGGGGACCCCUAUGAAGUAACAAACUGCACAUGAAGAAAUACUGCACUUACAAUCCCACCUUCCCGCAGAUGUCGACAUACUUUUUUGUUUAAUAUUAUUACUGUCCUUAAUUCUUAUUUUGUGGAUGCAGUGUCAUUUACUCUGCCUAAUUACAAUAAGGAAGAAACAGAAGAGAGAAGGGACAGAGGAUAUUGUUCUUGAUAACUUGGUUUGUUUAUUUUGUGGGAAUUUAAGAGCAGUUCAUUUCUGCCAUGCAUAAAUAUAAGGUAUAUCAUGCUUUGGAACAAAAUCACUUGAUUCAUAUAGAUUCACCUAAGAUAUUCUAAUUUGCCACUAAUGUUCAGGAUUAUGAUUGAAGGCAGGAAAGUUUGUGGAGUUUUCUGGGUGUAGAACUUCCACAGUUUAAAGUGGUAUAAGUAAUUUUACUCUUCAAAGAAAAAUUUGUUUCAAAAUGCAGACUGGUUUUUUUUUUUUCCCUCUAGAAAUCAUGGAACACAAACACAUUGUUAUUUUCAGUAAUAAUCCUUGGAUGAGUUGUUGUGGGUUCUAUGUUUACUUCCCCAAUGGAAUUUAUAAUACGGUAUGUUAUACACUGUACCAUAUAGCAAAACUUUUAAACUACAGGUGGUUGAGGACAUCUACAAUAGAUCUGAGGUCCUAUGAUCUUAUUUUUCUAAACUUCAGCACUGUUUUCCAUAAUUUUGAGGACUGGCAUUUUAUAGACACCCUGGCAGCCUUACUUUUAACACCUUUAAUGAAUAGUAUUUUUAUCUAGUUAUAAAAAUAACAUAUGGUCUAAGAGUAGCUAUGAGGCAGUCAGUAGUUCCCAGAAAGGACCUCUGCUUUUCAUAAAUUUGUUUGGGAAGUCUUCUUUUAAAGUUGUAAUGUGAUGGCAGCAUAGUGUGCAUAAUUGUUUCUAAAAGUAUGCUUACUAUUGUCACUUUAUCAGCAUUUAAUCAGUGUUAACCAGUCAGCAGAAAAAUAUAAUUAGGCUAGCAGUAGGGGUUAAAAAAAACCUACUCAGAAAUCCCUUUUCUGGUAUUUCUCUUUUCCCACUGAUUUUUUCAAGCUGUGACCACCCAGUGUUCUAUCCAUAGUUCAUCAUCUUUUACUACUUGAGUAGAAGAUCAUGAAACUCUUGCUAUAGGUUUUUUUGCUCUCAAAAUCUCAGAGCAAUUACUAAUUUGACCUGAAUAUGGUAACUUGAACCCCAUAAGGUUAUGGAAGUAGGGCUAUUUAUUCUAGUAUUUUUUGAACAAUAAUAAUAAUAUUUACCACUUCUGGUGCAAGGAAAAGGGAACUUCUUUGUAACCUGUACAUUAGACUACAGAUAAACAAACAACAAAGCCUAUUUUUUACACUUUUUGGGGUCUAGAAUGUAACCUAACAUCCAAGCAAAAGUCACCACGUCCUGCACAGUUUUCUGUCUUGAAAACAUUCAGCUAUUUCUAAGCCUUUGUCAGAAAUGAAUCUUAAUCCCUUAGUAAAAACAAACAAAUGAAAACUCUCUUCUUUUAAUCCAUCCAUAUGUUACCAUUUUUCAUGUGCAAAUUUUUAUUUCACUUUUAAAAAGGUGCUCUGUUAUUUUCUGUGCAGUCCAACAGCAUUAGAGGGUAGGAACAAAAUGAG